AAACGUUUAGAGCACCUUAAGCAUAUAGAAGAGCAAAAGAAGUUAGAGUUACUUACUGAGAGUUUGCCGGACGUGCCCGUCGAUGAAUUGUCUAAACUCAAUGUGAACAGUAAUGUGCCAUCGGGUAGCUCCAGUCCUUCUGUUCCUAAUUCACCUAAUCUACGACCUCGUUCUCCUCUUCCAGCGCACAAGUCUGAAAGUUUAACGAAAGAAGAGCUUGCUGUCCUUGCUAUCACAUCUAAUAUAAAUGGACGAAAAUAUGUUCCUUUUUUAUCUGUUGAUCUCAAAGAGAAGUUUAACUAUUCCAUCCCCUUCAGCGACAAAGAUGGCAAAAUUUCACUUACGGAAAAGCAGAAGAGAAGAAUAAAGGCAUGGCUGCGGCCACAUGAAAUUUUUCCUGAACCAAAAGUUAUCGGUAAUGUAGACAGCGGAACAAUAAAGCAGGUACUUUUUUUUUAUGAGGCUCACCUUUUCAAAAGUCUUUGGGGUUUUGUCAGCGUGGAGUAA